AUGUGUGGUCUCAAACCAAUAAUCGCCCCUUCAAUUUUAUCUGCUAAUUUUAUUAAUCUAGGCUCUGACGUCACACUAUUGUUUUUAAAUCAAUGCGACUGGAUUCACAUCGACGUCAUGGAUGGGAAUUUCGUGCCCAACAUCUCUAUCGGAUUUCCGGUACUACAUCAACUCCGAACCCUGUUGGUUGACAAGUCCAAGUACUUCUUCGACUGCCAUAUGAUGGUGGCCAACCCAGAACAAUGGGUUGCAACCGUUGCCGAAUAUGGCGGGAACCAGUACACGUUCCAUUUGGAGUCCACAAAAGACCCCAAAAAUCUCGUUAAAUUGAUUCAUGCGCAUGGAAUGAGAGCCGCCUGUGCCUUGAAACCCCAAACCGAGAUUGAACAGGUGUUGUCUUUUGCAGAUCAACUGGACAUGGUUUUGGUAAUGACUGUGGAACCAGGGUUUGGAGGACAGUCUUUUAUGCCAGAGAUGAUGUCCAAGGUGCGCAAGCUCCGGCAGUUGUACCCGAAACUCGACAUCCAGGUGGACGGUGGCUUGGGUCCUGAAACCGUUAACGUGGCGGCUGAGGCCGGCGCAAACGUCAUUGUAGCCGGGACCUCUGUUUUCAAGGCCAAAGACCAGGCCAAGACUAUUCAGACGUUACGAGACGCGGUUGUUAGACAUACUUCCAAGCUCUGA